UAUUUGGGAGAAACCAUGGGAAGAAGGGAAUCAUCAAAUUCAUCAAACAUAAUGUUUUCUGUGUUGUUCUUUCUAUUUAUUGGUGUACAACAAGCUGCAUGUUCUUCUUCAUGUGGAAACAUCAAAGAUAUACGAUCCCCCUUCCGGUUAAAGGCCAAUCCAUCGGACUUCGGUGAUUCGGUAUUCGAUCUUAGUUGCGAGAGCAACAAAACCAUCCUACAAUACGGUUCUGGAAAAUACUAUGUGAACAACAUUUCUUAUGAUGAUCAGCUAAUUAAUGUUGUUGAUGUUCACUUAGCCAAUCCAAGCUGUGGCGCCCUUCCCUCUCAACCUCUUUCAAUCUCAAAAACUGGUGGCGUUAAUGUCAACAGAACAGGAAUUCAAUUCAUAUUAAGACCUGAUGACUGGACAAGUAGGGGACACAUUAAGCACUACGGAGAAGCCCAGUUUUUGAAUUGCUCUUGGAAUUUCGGUCAUCCCUCGUACAUAAAAGUUCCUUGUUUGAGUGGAAACCAGUUUCAUGUUUAUGUCUUCUUUAAUGAUAGCUUAGAAACAACCAAUCGUCACAAUUCAUGCUCCAUCAUUUCAAGUAUUCCUAUACGUCUUCCUCUUCAGACAAAUCCUGGCUAUGAAACCAUCCAGAAAUUUCUUCAGUUAGGGUUUGAUCUUCUGUGGGUAGAAUCGAAUUGUUUUCCACAGAAUGAAAUAUUCUACCAAUUUGAGUUUAUCGGAUCUGUAGUUGAACUCUAUUGCUCUAAAAAGAGUUUUGCUGCCUAUCUGUCAUUUUUACUGGCUUUAUUGCUUCAACCCUUACUCGCAGUAUUUAACUUACCUGGCAUUGUUGUUGGUCCUGAUUCGGUUAUUAUGUGGGUCUAUAGAGAAAUUGAUGCACUCUUUGGAAGCUUUCUGUUGGGUUCUCUUAUCGUCAGAUUAAUCCUUGCUCCGGCGGUUUUACUUGUGUAUAUUUUCAUCAAGUAUAAGAAAACACGGAAAACGGUGGAUACCGUAGAAAAAUUUCUUCACAAUCAACAAUCCUGGAUGCCUAAAAGGCAUUCCUAUUGUGAGAUAAUUGCAAUGACAAACGGUUUCAGCUAUGAAUUAGGCCAAGGUGGUUUCGGAUCGGUUUACAGGGGGCAGCUUCAUAAUGGUUGUUUCAUUGCUGUUAAGGUGUUAAAGAAUUCCAAAUUUAGUGCAGAAGAAUUCAUCAAUGAAGUCUCCACAAUCGGUAGAAUUCACCAUGUCAAUAUUGUGCAAUUAUUGGGAUUUUGUUCAGAAGGACCAAAUCGUGCUCUUGUGUACGAGUAUAUGCCUAAUGGAUCUCUUGAUAAGCACAUUUUCUCAAAGGGAGGUAAAGGAAAGUCAUUUACUUGGAAGAAACUCCAUGAAAUAGCUAUAGGAACAGCUCGAGGGAUUGAAUAUCUACAUGGAGGAUGUGAUGUUUGUAUUCUUCAUUUCGAUAUUAAGCCUCAUAAUAUCUUGCUUGACCACAAUUUCAUUCCAAAAGUUUCUGAUUUUGGCCUUGCAAAAUUUCAUCCAAAGGAAAAUGAUUUUGUGUCCAUUAGCGUUACAAGAGGAACAAUAGGAUAUAUAGCUCCUGAGUUAAUUUCAAGAAAUUUUGGGGUUAUUUCUUGUAAGUCAGAUGUUUAUAGUUUUGGAAUGUUAUUGUUAGAAUUGGUUGGAGGGAGAAGGAAUUCUUUUUCAAUGGAAACUCGUUCAAGCAAAGCGUACUUCCCAUCUUGGGUAUAUGACCAACUACAAAAGGGAGGAGAUUUAGAGCUCCAAGAUGUGGCUGAAAAUGAAACUGGGAUUGCAAGAAAAUUGUGCAUAAUUGGGUUGUGGUGCAUACAAGUGAAUGCAGCAAGUCGUCCAGCAAUUACUAAAGUAAGAGAAAUGUUAGAUGGAAGCAUUGAGGAUUUACAGAUGCCUCCUAAACCUUUCUUUUCUUCUUCUCAACAUGGCUCUGUGAAGGAUGAGAUUUUAAUUGAAUUAGAUUCAACAAGUUCAUCAGAGCUAUUGCUGUUAGAAUCAAUGGAGGGAAGCUUGUAUAUUGAUGGCAAUGUUUAGUUUAAUUUCCAAAUUGAAAGUGUAAAUUUGAAAUAAAAAUGCAAUCACUAGUGGUUUUUAUAUUAAUGUAUUCAAUAUUUGAAAAAUGGCUUUUAUGGUGUAAGUAAAAUAUCAAUAAAAUCCUUGAUGUCGUCAUUCUUA